AUGCAGCUCAAGUUCCUCCUCGCUUCCGCCAUCCUCACCUCCUCCGCCCUGGCGAUGCCCCAGCCCACCCCCGCUCCUGUCCUUCAAGACCGCGACAUCGUCUCCUGGGCCCUGUCCAUCGCCACCGAGGCCGCCAGCGAGGGCGCCAGCAUCGCCAGCGACGCAGCUGGGGCCGGCCUAACCAUUGCCAGCGACGCCGUUAGCGCCGCCCAGACCAUCGCCAGCGAGGCCGAGUCCAUCGCCAGCGAAGUCCGCACGGGCGCGACGUCCUAUGCCUCGCAAUGGGUUACCCACGCGCUGAGCGUCGCCAGCGAGGCGGAAUCCCGGGCCACGCAGCUCGCCAGCGAAGCCCGCACCGAGACCGACAGCGUCAUCGCGUCACGCAAGUCGAAGUGGGCAUCGAUCGAAUCGGCGAUUGCAUCCUCUGCCGAGAGCCUAGCUACGUCUGUGGCCUCGCAAUACCAUGUUGAGAUCGUCACGACUGCUACCACCACUGCCACUGGCACGAGCACUGGCACGGGCACCACUGCUACCGGCGCCCAGGCCACUGCUUCGACUUCGUCGUCGACCGGCGGAGCCAUGCCUGCUGCCACCGGUAAUCUGGGCUUGAGCAUUGCUGGUGUGGCUGGGCUGGUUGGUGCUGUUGCUAUUGCGCUGUAG